AUGACGGAAACAUCAACAGGUACUUCAUCCACCACCAUUUAUGCGACGCCGAUAUGCACUGCACUAUACACUAAGUCAGGUAAGACGAAACUGAACGAUGCAUGAGAACUAGUGGUGACUGAACACUUUCUCUAGACAAGAAUUGCGGUGAAGUUGCAGCCGCUCACGACAUCCAACUCUACAGCCAAGAAGCCGACUACUCUUCCGAAUCCACGAAUUGCGAGAAUCUUCUGCGAGGUUAUGGAAUCUGUAAUGCGGUCCAAACCACCUCGGAAUCAGCAGUCACAACGACACCAGGCCUCCCCGUCUCUGCUGCUUUCAACGUAACGAGACUGAAUAACACCAUCCCCAUCAAUGCCACCACACCGCGGACAACAAGAAGCUCCAACCCUGUGGAGAAGAGCGGCAUGACAAUGACCACGUGGCGCACGAGCACCUAUACAUACGCGUUAGGCACGGGCAGCAAUGCUAGGCUCACUACGGUGGUUGUGACGCAUACCGAUACCGGAGUCUUCACUUCCACGCCGACAUCGAAUUCUCCAUCGACGGCGCCUGCAAGUGCUAGCCCAGCGAGUUUGACCAGCUCAACCGGUGUUACCUCAACCACCACCACUGCACCAGAGUCGCAGAGCCCCUCUCCAUCUGCCGCCAGCUCCGUAAGGGAGACGAGCUUCUCGACCACGCCCGCUGCAGUCACAUCGUCGGUGCCAGUCAGCUCAACUUGUCCUGCAACUGUCGCGGCUCCAGCACCGACCCAGGCUGGAGUUGUCCCGGGUUGCGCGAAGUGGUACGUGGCACGUCCCGGAGACUACUGCAACCAAGUUGCAGACGAAUUCCGUCUCGAUCACAUUGCGUUCAUGAACUGGAACCAGGGAGUCAACCCACCGGCUUGUCCUAGUAUGCUGGCUGGAUACGCUUACUGCGUGGCAGCUUGCGGCGCUGUUGCCGCAAGUCUCUCGGCGGCGUCUGCGUCUGCGUCUGUGUCUGCAACGCCGACGACUUCUAGUCUACUUGCGCAGUCGACAGCGGUAGCCACAACCGCGACUGCCACCUUUGUUACACUGCCCACGUCGGCUUCGAGCUCCACGGCUGUUGCAAGCGUACCAAGCAGUGCUGGGUACGUCGCAUAUUCCGGAAACGGCUCUCCGAGUCAAGGAUGGCCAUCAAUGUCUCAAUGGGUGGAUUUCGACGCCAUGUAAGUACAACCCAGGGAGGCAAGAUGCCGUUCCAUUGGCUAAUCGCGAUGCAGGUUCGAAGCGAACACACCCAGCAUGAAGCGCUCCUGCCUCAAUUGGGGAGUGCAGGAUGACACGGACGAAGAAAUCGCCGACAUGAAAUCCGCCAUCCAAUCCGUCGGGGCGGCAAACGGUAUCGACGCCCGCUUCGUCCUGGCAAUCGUCAUGCAGGAAUCGACGGGCUGUGUUCGCGUCAUCACGACCGCAUACAGUGUUUCGAAUCCCGGGCUCAUGCAGAGCCAUAAUGGGUAAGUGCUACCCACCAACCGCAGACCAACUCUACAACUUGCUUCUAACGAGUCCCUCUAGAACCGGCUCCUGCAACACCAACAACGCCCCCUCCAACGUCAACCUCCCCGGCGCGGAUUCCAUCCAACCCGGCGUGCAAUCCCCCUGUCCCGCGUCCGAAAUCACCCAGAUGAUCCAAGACGGCGUCGCGGGGACUUCCUCCGGCGCUGGCCUGAAGCAGCUCUUCGCCCAGGAACGGCCGCAGAGCGACGGUGACGCGAUGGCUUACUAUCGCACCGCGCGAGCUUAUAAUGGCGGCAGCGUCGCUGCGAAUGGCAAUCUCGCUGCCGGCUGCUGCACUGCGGCUUAUGUCGAAGAUAUCGCGAAUCGGCUGACGGGAUGGCCGGGCCGUUAG